CUUUGACCAGAAAUUCGAAUAACAUUUAUGUUUUUCGUGAAGAUGCAGGCGUAGAGCAAAAUGAAAAUUUCGUUAAAAUAUGGAAUAUUUUCUGAAAGUAAAAAAAAUUCCGCCUCAAAAUAUAGUGAUGCGCUUAGCUAACAGACAAAUAUUUGGAGCUAAAAAAUCUGGUACACAUUUUCAUACGGCAAGACAGUUCUAUCAGAAUAUAUUCCCCAAUUUCACCAUUAUAAAUGUUGAAAAACCACCUUGCUUCCUCCGAAAGUUCAGUCCAGAUGGAAAACUGUGCAUUGCAUUUUCUGCCGAUCAAACAUAUUUGGAAGUUUAUACCUAUCAAGGGGCUGCAGCAGCUGCAGAUUUGCUACAUUAUGUCAAUGAGAGUAGAAACUAUCAGAAAAUAACCGAGAUAAAGAGCCGAAUAUUUGACAGAUUUUUCAAGUUAAAAUACAGUAUAUCUGUUUCUCAAGGAAGUGAACAAUUAAAUAGGGAAUGUAGUUUAUUCAGUGAAGACGGUAGAUAUGUAAUUAUUGGUUCUGCAGCUUUCAUACCUGAGGAAAUAAGACCACAUUUUUAUGAGAUUUAUACAAACAAUGAAGCUAUUACUCCAAAUCUUAAGUCACCACUGGAAGAUUAUACUUUAUAUCUGAUAGAUUUACAUACUGGGAAACUAUGUGAUACUAGGCAAUUUAAAGUGGAUAAAAUUUACUUAUCACAUAAUCAAGGACUCUACUUGUACAAAGACACUUUAGCAGUACUUUCAGUUCAACAUCAGAGUAUUCAUAUUUUUCAAAUAUUAGAAGGAAUGUUUGUAAAUAUUAAGACUAUUGGUCGUUUCUGUUUUGAAGAUGAUCAUUAUAUUUACUCCUCUGUUUAUCCUCAUGAAAGAGCAUUUCGAGAAACUUCAAUCAAUUCACUGAAGCACAGAAUACAUACCUUUCUUUAUAAUCGUGCUAAGACAAUGGGGCCCAGUGAACUCAGGAAAUUCUACUAUUUUUUUGAUAUCAUUCAUUCAUUGAGAAUAUGGAAGAUGCAACUCUUAGAUGAAAAUCAUUUAAUGUUGAAAUACACAACGGAGGAUGCAGUUACUAUGAAAAUUGCGGAUGGAAACAGCCAACCAGCCUUUUUUGUUGUGUUCAAUAUUAUCGAGUGCAAGGUUAUUGCUGUUUAUGAGAAUACUUCCAGAAAAUUAUUGGAGUUGUUUGAGGAUUUUUGUGAUUCUUUCAGGAACAUCAAUGUAUACUGUGAUACUCAUUUUACAUGCAGCCCAUCAAACAAUCUCUAUGCGAAACUUCUACAGCAAAGGUUCAAGCAGACCAUAAUAAAUGCAAAAUUCGGUGGAAGGAAUGAAGCAACUAAAAGAAUCUUGGCACAGUUACCAAUAAGUGCGCAGUCAUAUAGUUCCUCGCCAUAUCUAGAUUUCUCAUUAUUCAGUUAUGAUGAUAAGUGGGUUUCUGUACUGGAAAGGCCAAAAGCUUGGGGAGAACAUCCAAUAAGGUUUUAUGCUAGAGAUUCUGGUUUCCUUAAAUUCAGGAUAUACGCUGGGACUAUGGGUCGGAGUUUGCUGCCAUCAACUCGUAGAUUGGUGGCUUUCACUUUCCACCCCACUGAUCCAUUUGCAAUUUCUGUGCAAAGGACUAAUGCGGAAUAUAUUGUUAACUUUCAUAUUGCCUGUGAUAGUGUGAAUUCUUCUUUAUACGAUGAAAGUGAUGAAUAUGGUGAUGUUCAUGUACUGAAUUUUUUUCAGUAAUCUUGUAUUAUUUUUAAAAACUGAUUCUGAAUCAUUUAUAACUUUAAUGUCUUAGGUUUAAUGAUAACAAAAAAGAAAUGAUUUAAAAUAUA